AUGCAUCUGUUUGCGGAGGUCGAAGAGCGCGGUCCAGCCGCAUCGUUGUCGCUCCGGGCACCGCGGUGCAACAGUGGCGCGCUGCACCCCCCCUCGAGGUCGCAGAGACCCCUCGCAGGCCCACCGCCCCUCUCCGCCCCCUUCCUCGACCCUCUCCCGAUCUCGCUCGACGCGCGCAGGCCCAUCGCAGCCAACGACGCCCCUGUGUCAUCACACCGGCCGCUGCGGUGA